AUGCUUUUUACCUCUGAUUCUCUCAGGGGAAGGGGAUUGGAGGCUGGCACCGGUGUUGAUCGCCGGCGUGGGAGAGGCGGUGGCGACCAGGAUAGGAUCGAUGCUCUUGGAAGACUCCUGUGAAUUUCUCUCACCUUAUGCGUUAUCAUUUCGUUUUAACGUGUUAUCGUACGUCUAGAGUUAUUGAAUUGCUGGUCUCCUAGCGUACCCACGUGGGAAUCCCUUUCCGGAGAGGAUGAUGCCAUGAGGUAACGUAGAGUUUUUUCAUCCUUCGAGCUAAUAUCAACACAUUGUAACUUCGUGAUGAUGUUGUCCUUUGGGGUUAUGAUAGCCUCAAUAUCAAAUCUUGCCCCGUUUUCGCGAAGUUUCGCGGACUCUUGGACAUUCUUUUGAGCCAUGUGAGAGUCAAAUUAUUGGAUAAGUUCUAAAGUACCAGCUGAAUCAAUUUUGGCGUCAGGCUGAGCAACUUUUCUGCUGAGAGGCUACGUACUCGUCUGCCAAAUAAUUUGGCCCCAUCUUGUCCUGACGUGCUAUAUGAACGUACAGUUACUGAACUUACUGUGUUGAGUGCUUAGAUGACAUCAGUUUGCAUCUCUGUACCAAUUGCCGGUAUAGCCUUCUUUUUCGGAGAAUGUCUGUUUUUUGUCAUCCUGUCACUCUGUCCGGGACAUAAAUUCUGGAUUUUUAUUUUUGUGACGUAGGCGGAGGAGACCUAUCCUUGAACCUUAAUAUUUUCCCAUGAGUUGUGGUUUCAGGUCCUUCCACGAAAGGGCAUCAAAUGAGGUUAUCUUGACUGAUGAAACGUGGCAAGUCCCGUUGAAGGACAGAGAGAUGAUAAAAAUAACUCCUAAAUUUAUUGUAAUACCUAUGGCGGGCGUUUGUGAAUGAUUACUGUAGCUAUUGACAAGGAAGGGAAAGUAUCAAGAUCAAGAUGACGAUACCUAGAAACGAUUUCUUCAUUUUGUUUUGGUCAUUAAUGUCCCUAGAAAAGCAUUUUGUAUAUUUUUUGUUCUUUGAAGUUAUCUAUUAACUUGUAUUAGUUUAGUAGUAAUCAUUCUUAUUCAGUUUUGAAUAGUAUCUUUUCAAUGCGAAUGCUCUGAUGCUUAUCUGAAGAUGAUGAUGCAAACAUUUCCUCCUGUGGUUUAUUCCUUUACAUGAAAAGUCUUUAUCUUCUAGUGAAAAUGAUAUUUUUAGCGUUCAUCUGCUGUCGACCACGAAUUGUUAUUCAAUUUGUUUGAAAUUUUUUAAUUCAGAACGCGGAUUUUGCGUCACAUGGCUUCUGAACUGAAAUUGGACAUGCGAAAUGAUGGGUAUGUUCGAGUUCGUGAUUUGUUGCAGUUGAAUUUGACAACGUAUGCCAAGCUUCCAUUGAGAUCUCACACCAUUGAUGAUAUCAAAGAGGUGAAUUCUAUUAUAUCUAUGUGGAUGUUGGUCCUUUUCAUGAUCGCAUUAAUAUCUUAAGUCAAAGCUACCUUGGAAAUUUUUUUAAAUGUGUAUGACCUUGUCAAUAGCCUUUCUCUGACUCUGACAAGAUUCUGGGGAAGAGAGACAGUUGGACGGGAGUUGUGAAGAGGGAAACAAAUGCCAUUGAAUUGGAGAAAUGGGCUGCAGACGUUUCUUAAGCUGUUACCACUUUUUCUGUUAGCACCCUAAGUGCAAGGAACAGCAUUAAGGACAUAUGCCCAUGAAUUUCGAGGGGUGGAGGAUUUAGAGCAGGCAACCGGAGACAUUGGGCCGUGUUAUUUUCUGCCAUCACAUUGGACGAAGAUAUAGAUUGAGGCGGAUGGUAUUUUCUGCGGAUUUGUUGGACCACAUAAGUGCUGAUGCUGGUUGUCAUAGAGCUGAGAAUAUUCGGAGAAUUCUUUGGACCACGGUCAAGUUGCCUGUGGAAGUAUUGAGGUUAUAGUUAUUUUUAGCAUUGAAGUUAGCCUGAAUCUUUCCAGAGUGAAGAUCAUGUCUUUAAAAUGUAGAACUUUGUGCAGGAUACAGUGGAUAUACAGAUAUCUGGAUUCUCGAUUGUUGACAAAAGGAUAAACUUGUGUAUGUUGAUUGAGGAUCAGAAUUGGAUCUUCGUUGUGACAUCUGGGCAAAAAAAUGCGGGAACUCACCUUGACCCUUUUUUUGGAUAGCGUCAGGUCUCAGUAAGUGUGAGGAGAUGAAUGGAGAAAAACAUAAACAGGAUUGGAAUGUAAGAGGGCUUCGGGAGCCUACAAAGGCGUAUUUGUAAGUAAUAAAGUUCAUUGAAAAUUUCGAAUUACCAUCAUUCAAUGACCGUUAGACAUGUAUAUGGGUCUUAGGUGCCAAUAUUAACAUGAUAGCUGUAGAUGCAAUUAUUUAAAAAUGAAAAAAGAGGACAUGAGAGAUGUAUGUGCAUGUCUAUGACAUAUAUUGCAUGGGUUUGAUGAACAUUGAAGCCCGAAAACCUUUCAUAGUUCUACUCCGUAAUAGUGCACUUUUCAUAGAGUUCUCAAGAGGAAAGUUUAUAUCACGUUGUCUACAUUUCAUCAAAAAAAUUAUUUGGAGAUUUUCAAUAAUACGUUUUGCUAAAUUUUCUUCUUUUUCUAACUGUGGGCAUUUUGCUCUGUAGAAAAUCAUCCAGGGUGCUUUCUUGUUUUUGUGGCAUCAGGCUAGGUCAUGAACACCGUCUAUUAGUUCCUUUUUCAUCGAUUUUUAUGGAGUCAUGAAAUUUUAAUUGCUGAUUUUCAAUAAUACGUUUUCUUAUCGGACUUAGCUAGAGUUUCUAACGUUGUGAAAUGCAUUCAGGCUGUCAGGAGAGACAAUAAACAGAGAUUUAGCGUCUUUGAAGAAAAUGGAGAACUCUUGAUUCGUGCUAAUCAGGGUCACACGAUUACGGUGAUUGGAAUUUUUUACUAUGUUUUUUUAUAAUUCUAUGAAAUUUAGCUGAGCUGGUUACUUUUCUGCAUAACAUUUGAACCUUUAAGCUGAGCUCCUAGUGUCCUUGUAGACCUUGAUUCCUGCUUUCUCUCUCUCUUUCUCUCUCUCUGUGUUACACUUGCACACACACAUGCACACACACACAUGCGCGCACACAACACAGACACACAACACACGCAGUUUUCUUAUCUCUCAUUUAUCCACCUGAUAUCUGUCUGUUGAUGCUAAAGAAGAAAAUGACUGAGAGAAGAACAGGCUUCAAGAACUUGAUGUUAAUAUCAAAGCAUAUAUGGUGAGUUCUUCUGGACAGGAAGAUGGAAACCGGAUGGCAGAAUCUAGGUUAUUCUCUCAAAACGAAAAACCAUACAACUUGGACCUCUAUAUAGAAAGACAAAACGUUCCUCUCAUCCUUUUGUUUGACUUUUUUUGUCAUCUAUUUUUUUUAUAACGUUGCAAUAUUUCUUAGACAUGAUUUGGUGUCGUUUAUUCUACAGAAUUUAUCAGCGCUUACUACAAUUUUAUUGUUUUGUAAUGGCUGUGUCUUUCAUCUUUUGGUUUCAUUUUCCCACCAGACUAUUUCCUCAGAAAGCUUACUGAAACCUAUCAUCUCAGCUGAUGAAGUUCCAGGUAGUGCAUCUUAGAUACCGGUGCCCAAACUUUGCAUUUCCUAGGUUAUUGGUUAAUUUCUUAUCUUCUAUUGUAGUGUGUGUUCAUGGAACCUACAAGAGGAACUUGGAAUCAAUCUUGCAGUCUGGUCUAAAACGCAUGACUAGGGUACACGUACACUUUUCAAGUGGGCUGCCGACAGAUGGAGAAGUAAUUAGUGGUAUGGUUUCUCUAUGACUUUUUAGCAGUGCUUGCUAGAUGCUUGAUUUUGAAGUGUGUCGCUCCUGUAGAGCCUGUAAAGGUCAUCAUGUUCGAAAAUAGGAGACGACCUUCAAGCUUGCCUGGUGAAUUUGAUAAAAAAUUCGGAUGACUUCUACAUAUUCUCCCUUUUCCUCGCCUAGCUUCUUGUUAGAAUCGGAGAGGUUCUUUAUGGAUAUUUCUUCUUUCUGUAUUUUUCUCGUUAUUGCUGCCUUUUUUUCUCUCAUUACGCUGUUUUUUUUCUUUCUCUGGUUUUUCUUUCUUCUCUCUUCUUUUACGUGUUUUCCCUCCUAUUGUGAUUGUUAUGUACUCCCACCCUCAAAGAAAAAACAGAUUAUUUCAGGUUUUAUUUCAUGUUGCUAUCGUUAAGAUAUCCAGGAUGGGGAUAAUUUCCAGAGGCCAGGGGUGAUCAGAGAGGAUAUUUCUUUGAAGUGUUCGACCAACAGGCCCAAAUUAGGAGGCUUCUUCUAUUUCUGGUAGUGGAAAAUACGACAGGCCACUUCAAUGAUGGCCUGUAAUAAUGCCGGUAAAAAAUUGGUGGAAUAGUCUGGGCUUGCAAUGAUUCUCUUUGUUAUGUUAAACUCCGUUCUAAGCAGUCAAAAAUUCUGGAUUUUGCUGUCAUAAUAGUUUAUGUUGGCUAGAUGUUAAACGUAAGAGACGAUUGAAAAUAAUCUUUGUAAAAAAUAAUUUUAGGGUACUUAUUAUUCUUUACCAUCCGAUGCAAUAUCAUUACCAUUUCAAAAAUCAUCGUAAUAGUGGGUCAACUGAAAAUUCAUUGGGAUCUGAUAUUUGGGUCCAAUAGUGGGCAACUUAUGCAUUGCCUUAUGAUCAGUUGGAUAUGUUCCAUUUUGGAAGUUAGGGAACACAACUAAAUAUACGGAAACAGGUUAUCUUUUGUCUUCUGUCUGUUCAUUUCGGGACUACAGGGCUCCCUUUGGCUCUGUAUUUUUCUUGGUCAACUUCUAGUUAUUUGAUAUUCAUAAUUUCGUACUAUAUUUCGUGUUCCUCAGGUAUGCGUCGAGAUGUCAAUACCUUAAUCUUUUUGGAUGUCAAAAAGGCAUUACAAGGUAAUUGUCACAGUUUUUUUAUGCUGGUUUGACCGACAAGCCACUGCGGCAGAUUGAUUAGUUUCAUAUCCUAAUAAGACUAAUUUAGGAAUACAACUUCGCAUGUGAUUUUUUUGUUGUUGUUGGUAAGUAGAUUCUAUGACAAGAGAAUGGGAUCCCCGACAUCAUUUCACUCUCUCAUUUAAUAUCGUUUCCAUUUAUGGAAUGAGAUUGAACCCCUUUGUUUCUUUCAAAAGAUGGAAAACCUGAUCUUGGUUGUUCUACAACAGUGAAUUUUUAAUUUCACCUCCCUUUAACAGCAUGCUCAUCAACUACUUGCAUCAUUCGUCUUCUUCAUCUUCUUUUAGAGGGAAUGAAGCUUUACAUAUCGGACAACAAAGUGAUAUUGACCGAGGGCUUCGAUGGAGUGGUGCCGGCCAAGUUCUUCGAGAAGAUAGAAACUUGGCCUGGGAGAGAGCCCAUACCUUUCAGAUGCCUCUGA